AUGGACGUCGAAAUGGUCGCCGACUCGAUCCUCGACUCACCCAAGGGUAGUGAGUACGGCGGCGACGUGAUCCCCGCCGACUCUGCCCUCCCUCCUCACGACGCCCCAGGCCCAAGCUCAACCUUCAUCCCGCCGACCGAGACGUACCUCGACCCCGUCAACCCCCCUCCCUCUCCCCCCCUUCCCCCUUUUGACGAGGACGACGAAGUCGUCGCCCGCCUACCCGUCUACAUCUCCCCUUCCUUGGCCCAGAACCUCGCAAUCUUCCAAUACCCGCUGCAGCACCGCAGCCUCCGCGUUCCCACAUGGGCCGCGGACCGCGGGAAGCGGAUCACCUCCCGUGUCAAAGAGGGGGUCGGGCGGGUCGAAGUCGAGGUGCCGGUCGAUGCUAAUGCGGGGGUUUGGCGGGAUGAGCGGGCGCGCGAGCUCGCGUUCGUUCCGGCCAAUACAGUUAAUGGGGAGGAGGGGAAGAAGAAGAAGGAGAUCCAGUGGGGCGAUAAGAUGCGGCUUCGGAGUGAGGUUGUGCCGACAAAGGAGGGGACGUACUUUAGCGGUAUUGUGCAUGAAGGCGCGCUUCACCUCCACCCUAUUAACCGGAUGCUCCAGUUUCGCACGUCGCUGGCGUAUCUCGACGACUACGAUAACAAGAACCGGCCCCGUGCUGUCGAGGAGGAGGAGAAGAAGAAGGUCGCGCAACGCAAGGACCUGCCCAAGAGCCUGGACGACCCAAACAACGACGGCUCUGGAUCGAUCAAGGACUUCCGGACCAAGAUGUGGAGCAUGCAGGCGCGCGAGGACGAGGAAAAGUGGGUCCCGUACGAGUGGAACGAGGGCGCCGAGAACGAGGCCGUCACUGAGAGCCUCGAGAAUCUCCUCGUCCACCAAGACCGGCGGGGUAUGCUCGACUGCAAGAUGCGCGGGCUCGACUACCUCGACAGGCAUCAUCGUUGA